CCCCGCGGCCCCAGACCGGCUAAAGCCGGUAUAUAUAAACGGAGAAGAGCUGAGAAUCCAGCCCGGCAUGGCCAGGAGCUGAGCGUCCGCUUCAGGGGCAAUUACAGGGCGGCCCGGGGCAACAUAUGGGCUGGAGGGGUAAGAGCCGAGCCCCAACUGCCUCUCACAGAUAAACAUGAGAGCCAUGUCGGGGUGCAGCAGAGCCAACGUUUAUACCAAAGUGCCUGAUGGGGGCUGGGGCUGGGCCGUGGCCGGUGCCUUCUUCUUCGUGGAAGUAUUUACCUACGGGGUCAUCAAGUCCUUUGGGGUCUUCUUCAACGAGCUGGUGGGCUACUUCGACGAGAGCAACAGCCGGAUAUCCUGGAUAAUCUCUAUAUGUGUCUUUGUAAUGACGUUUACUGCUCCUUUGUCGACGGUACUGAGCAAUCGCUUCGGGCACCGGCCGGUGGUUAUGGUCGGGGGGCUCCUCAUCAGCACGGGGAUGAUGGCGGCUUCGUUCGCACGCAGUGUUGGGGAGAUGUACGUCGCCAUCGGGCUCAUAUCAGGUCUCGGCUACUGUCUGACGUUCCUCCCUACUGUCACGAUCCUGUCGCAGUAUUUCGAGAGACGCCGCUCGCUGGUUACCGCCGUCGCAUCUACGGGGGAAUGCUUCGCCGUCUUUGCGUUUGCCCCAGCCAUCACUGCACUGAACGAUCUGAUUGGCUGGAGGUGCUGUUUACUGAUGGUGGGGGCUCUGCAGCUCAACAUUGUAGUGUGCGGAUCCCUGCUGCGCCCAAUCACCAUCAAACCCCCUGAUGUGGCCAAGUCGCCGGCCAAAGGUGAAGCGCUGGAAAGCGCCUACAUGCUUGAGAACGAGCAGACGCUCACCUCCAUCGACUCCAUUGACUCCGGAGUGGAAGUAUCUACCUCACCCAAGAACCUACCGACCGGCCUGAAGCCUGCCCGGAGCCCGGAACCGCCCAGAGAGAGGAAGGAGACGGCGGAACGUCCGGAACCAGAGCCACUUCUGGACUUCUCAGUAUUAAGGAACCCCAGCUUUAUCUGUUACGCGCUGUUUGGGCUCUUCGCCACCUUGGGGUUCUUCGCCCCGUCGCUCUACAUCAUCCCCCUCAGCCUGAGCCUGGGCAUCGACAGGGAGCUCUCGCCCUACAUGCUGUCGGCCAUGGCCAUCUCCGAGGUGUUUGGGCGGAUCGGCGCCGGCUGGAUCCUGAACAAGAAGCCCGUGCGUAAGAUUUACAUCGAGCUGGCGUUUGUGGCGCUGCUGUGCGUGGCGCUCCUCGCCUUCCCCUUCGCCUGGAACUUCGGGGGCCUCAUGGCUUGCAGCGUCUUCUUCGGGGGCAUGUUGGGCACGGUGACGGGCACGCACAUCCCGCUGGUCGCCGAGGACGAUAUUGUGGGCAUUGACAAGAUGGCGUCGGGGGUCGGAGUGUACGUGUUUAUCCAGAGCGUUGCUGGGCUGGCUGGGCCGCCACUGGGAGGGGUGCUGGUUGACUGGACGCAGAACUACGGGUCGGCAUUUUACUCCUGUGCAGCCGGGAUGGCGCUUGGGGCCCUGUUCCUGGCACUGGUCAGGCCGUGCAAGAGGGGACUGGGCAAGGAGAAGCCGGCGGCCGGGCACCACCCCCUGUGCCAAGAUGCCAAGGAGCUGCCGGUGGACUUUCUGGAAAUGGACUUGGCCAGGGCUGAGGGUCUCAGCAAAAGCUGCCAGAGUCUAAACGAAGCCCCCUCCAAUGGGAUCCUAUGAGCUGCCCAAACUGUCUCACUUCCACGUGGGCGGCCCCCGGGGGCCACGGAGCUGCCACUUUAAAGGGCAGAGCUGCUUUAAGGUGAUACUUGAACCCCCCUCUGAUUCUCUGCCUGCCCCCGACGGCUCUCUUUCUCAUAGUCCCGUAGCAGAAGAUGAUUGGACAGUUUCCCAUUGCCUUGUUCCCGCCCCCCUAACUUCCUGACCGUGGGAAAGAGAGCAGCCCAGGAGUAGGAAAUCCAGGGAAUUGGCUCUCUGCAUCUGAAUAAGUACUGGGGGGGGGGGGCUAUUGGGGCUCAUUCAUGUAAAUGGGCCCAAGUUCCAUAGCUAAUGGAGCUUAAAGGGAAUGUAAACCCUGCGCUGCUCAACCAAACGUUACUCGGCUCUUGCUGGACUACAAAUCCCAGAAUAAU